AUGGACGCCUAUGGUGUCCGAAGGAAGGACACCACCAAGGGUCCACCAUUGCGAGUCCUGUCGCUAGAUGGAGGAGGCGUCCGGGGUUAUUCUAUGCUCAUAAUCGUACAGGAGUUGAUGCACCGAACCUUCGUAGAGGUCCAAGGUCGAGCUCCGCGACGUCAUGAGAUCCCGAAGCCGUGCGACCACUUCGACCUCAUCGUAGGAACCGGAACUGGCGGUCUGAUCGCGCUUAUGCUGGGCCGGAUGCGCCUUGACCUGGAGACAUGCAAGGAACUCUAUGUGCGCAUGACGCGAAUGGUGUUUGAGACGGACAAAACAUUUGCCGGAAUCCCCUACCGAUCCACGCUCUUCAAAGCCAGCAAGCUCGAGGAGGCGAUCCAGCAGGCCGUGCAGGAGCACACCAUUCAUGAAGGGGAAGGAAACGAUGGUCGCCAAGAAGUCGACCUGAUGAGCCCUUUAAACCCCGCGCAAUACUCCAGCGCGGCCGGACCCAGACGAAACGCGAGCAACGCGAGCACCGUGAGUUUCAGUGCUCGAAGUCCAUCAGCUCAGCUGGCGCGACCGGCAUUUAAUCCAAGGCACGGCAACCCGCACGCCAGAUUGUACGAUGCGCGGGAAACAAGAACCAAGACAGCAGUCACUGCCGUAUAUCAAGGAUCCCCCAGAGGAUCACCACCAGCCAUGCUGCGAUCGUACGAUUCAAGGCGUGAGCCCCCUCCGGAAUUCGACUGCAAGAUCUGGCAAGCCGGACGUGCGACCAGCGCGAUAGGUCUAGCAUUCAAACCCAUCCGCAUCGGCCAGUCCAUCUUCCACGACGACGGCUCAGGCACCUUCAACCCUGCGCCCGAAGCAUUGGACGAGGCUGUGGUGAACGAAUGGCCCGGUCGCGAAAUCGGGGUUUUUGUUAGUGUCGGAACCGGCAAGCGGCCCAAGUCUAGCGAUUCAAACCAAAACGCGUGGUAUGAGGGUUUCUUGGGGGAUUUUGCCGAAGCGCGAAGGCGACUCAUUGCCAAGAUUGAAGGCUGCGAGAAGAUCCACGAGUACAUGCUGAGAGAGCAUCUCAUCAAACGCGGCGUCAACGUCGAGACCUACUACCGGCUAAACGUGGAAGUCGGCGUCGGCGAGUUCGGCAUGAACGAAUGGCAUCGGCUGGGAGACAUAAGCACAGGCACCAGAAGGUACAUGGCUCGGGAAACGGAGCAGAAAAUGAUUCAGGGCAUCUCUACCAAGCUGGCCAAGAUUUUCAAAGCCAAGCUCAGAUGGGACCGCGCUCAGCUGGGUAUCCCGGAACUGGUCAAAUCCACGUCGGCGACAAACUUUGACAUGCCGCUCGCCGUCGAGUUACCUGGCGAUAUGCCGACAUCGCUUUCGUCGCCGCCUCCACGUAGUCCACCAAGCCGCUCGUCAUUCGAUUCCGGAUCCGACAGUUUGCAGGUUGCUUCCAAUCAGCUGGCUUCUCCUCGCAGCUCGCACGACCGUAUACGACCCAACACGGGCAAUUCCAGGAAUCCGGGGGCCAUGACCCCCCUGGGAGACGAUCCCGAUCGUUUGCUCGUAUCGGCGCCAUCGCCUAACCAGUACUACAUCUCGUCCGACACGGACAAGAUUGCCGUCAUGAGCCUCGAUGAGCUUCCGAGGCCGCCUCCCUCACAGCAGGUAGCGCCGCCGCCGACGCGAAUCGAACCUCCUCCUUUGCCUCCCAAAACUCCCUUGCCAGAUGGUAAUCGCCUCCGUCAGGCGCACGCACCGACUUCUUCGCGCAUAUCCCAGUCAUCCAUUCCUCCCUACCCGGUUGACGACGAUGAGCCCCCUCCACCGGUCAACAUGGCUCGCAAACCCGACUAUCGCGCACACUAA